AUGGCCUGCGUCACUCGCUCGGUGAUAUCCGCCAACGGCGGCGCGUUCCCCUGCCACCGCCGCUGGGGCCUUCAUAGGGCGAAGGGCAACGUUAGGCUCUUCACCGUCGCCGGCGGCGGCGGCGGCACGGAAGAUUCCGACUGCAAUGCGGACGAAUGCGCACCUGAGAAGGAGGUCCGGUGAACGAAGCCCUCUCGUACCUUCUCUCACCCCUCGUCAUGUUCGUCUUCCUUCUGGCUGGGCCCGCCAGCCACAAUUCCUACUAUUUGUUCCAUUGUUUUUCAAACGCUCAGAGACCUGAUUGAACUAGUCGUUUUGGGUUGAAUGGACCCGCCACUUGAGGUCUGAGCUACUACUUCGUGCAUGGAAUCUGAUGGAACGGAGCCGCUGAUUGUCCUCCGUCUUUCUCGUUUGCGAAAUUUCCGACGGAGUUCCUCUGGUUUUCCACGGAUACCGAGAUCUCCCAAUUUCUCUCUUUUUCAUCUCGAAAGACGUUCCUUCAAAUCGCUCUCUGUAUUUCGGGGAAGUCCCGAGCGGCUCCUAUUCCAUAUAAAACCUGCAACUUCUUGGAUUCCGGUAUGGUUUCGUCACACAAAUCACACGAAUCACUCCCGACGAAUUUUUUUCGUGAUCGUGAUUGUCUGUCGGUCCCCGUUUCGUAAUAAUCUGUCCGGGAACUGGGUAAGCAGAGAUCGACUCGAUCGAAUUCCGCUGAGGGCACCCGCCGGAUUAGCGGCGUCCUCCCCCAUAAUCUACCAAAGGUCUGUUCUUUGGCCAAUAAAGGUAAUUAUUGACCUGAAAUAACGAAAUCUCUGAUGAAACCCAGGUCGGGAAGGUGAGCAUGGAGUGGCUGGCGGGUGAGAAGACGAAGGUUGUCGGCACCUUCCCCCCUCUGAAGAAGAGCUGGACGGGGUACGUUGAGAAGGACACCGCCGGACAGACCAACAUAUACUCGAUCGAGGUUUGAUUCCUCAAACCAUCAUCGAAUUGAAGUCCCUUCUUUGUUUAUUCUAACCGGGUUCCGUAUUACUCAGCCAUCAGUGUACGUCGCAGAGAGCUCUAUAAGCUCCGGGACUGCCGGAACAUCGUCAGACGGUGCGGACAACAUCGCAGCCGUUGUUGCAGGGCUGGCCCUCAUCUCCAUAGCUGCAGCCUCUUCCAUCCUCAUCCAAGUUGGGAAGAACUCGCCACCGGUGACGACCACUAAGUAUUCUGGGCCGCCUCUCAGCUACUACGUCAACAAGUUCAAGCCUGCGGCUGCUCCGGAGGCCCCGCCCGCCCCCGCGGUGGAGGCAGAGAGCUCCCCGGCCGAGCAGGAGGUUCCCACGGUUGAAGAAGCUCCUCAACCCCAGACACCAGAUGUGAGCAGCUCUUGA